AUGAUCUUCAAAGAGAAGUGGGACAUUUCCAGUGCCACCAACCCUCCUUGCACCCCGUGGCCUUCUGGGGAUAUCCGAGGCUAUGUCUUGGAGGGCCCCGUGCUCCAGAUUCUGUUGAGUGUUCACACCCUGCCCACCUGUGUGUUCCGCUCCGUCUCCAGGUGGCUUCUUGCUUUUGUGGUAGGGCAGGAGAUUGAGCCACAGGUCCUCCAUGAUGACCUGGGAGGGAAUUGCCAGAAUGGGAAAGAGGAACAUCCGGACGAGCCAGCAGGAGGCCCUCCAUCAGCCCUGCCUCAUCUAGAUCAACUGUGGGCCCUCCAGUUAGAUAUGCAGCUUCUGAAUAUCCAAGACAGCAAGGCCUUUGCCUGCUUGAGGCAGAAUCAGAGGCAGAGGUGCAAGCCUCACCUCCAGCGCCGAAGUCACCUCACGCCUGGCUUCCGGGGCAUAAUGAUGGCGAACCAACCAGAGAUGUCAGCAGUGGUCGGUGAGGACAAUGAAGAGAUGCUUAGCUGCAUGACAAAUUUAGAGGUGGAAGAACUUGAAGAACCCAGCCAUUGCUGCAAGAUGUCCAUGUUCUUCAAGAGCAAUUCUUACUUCCUGAAUGAAGUUAUUGUGAAGGAAUUUCUCUGGUAUAUCCCUGGGAACAGGACAUCCCAUUGCCCUGUAGUUCAGUGA